AUGAAUAAAAACUCAAAUACUUAGUAAUACAUUUAUUGAACUUAAUAGUGAUACUCUUAUAAAAGUUGUGAUUGUAGGAAACUGUAAUGUUGGAAAAUCUUGCAUUUUAAUGAGAUAUUCUGAAAAUUAUUUUACAUCACAAUAUUACAAUACGAUUGGCGUAGACUUUGUAUUUAUAGAUUUUAUUUAGAGAAAACUAGAGUAAUUAAAAUAGGGAAUUAAGAGGUGAAAUUGCAAAUUGUAUUAAUUCUAAAUUAUUUUAAGUGGGACACAGCAGGAUAGGAGAGAUUUAAGGCUUUGACAAAUAAUUAUUACAGAGAUGCCCAUGGAGUUGUGAUUGUUUAUGAUGUGACUGAAAGAUCUACAUUUGAUGCAGUAGAUAGCUGGAUUGAAGAUAUAGACAAGUAUUGAUUUACUUAAGCCAUUUAAUAAAGGUAUGGGAGAAAAUCAGUUUAAAAAUUAAUAGUCGGCAAUAAGGCUGAUAUACCAAAUAAAAGAAAAAUUAGCAUAUAAGAAGGUUAAGAGAAAGCAAAAUCUUAUAAUGCUUAAUUUCUUGAAACAUCAGCUAAAACAUCAGAAAAUGUGGAUAAAUUAUUCAUUUCAAUUUGUGAAUAAGUCAUGAACAUGAAAUAGUAACAGCCUUAUAAUUAGAAUAAUAAUUUAAAUAAAUAAUAAUAGAAUUAAUCUCAGAAUAGAAAUAAUAAUAGAGGAUGUUGCUGA